ACGCUCAUUGGUGGAUUCUCUUGCUGUCAUUUUUGUUACUGCAUUUCAUUGGUUCCACAACACUACAUGCAGUGUCGCGGAUAAAAAUGGCCGUGGUGUUGACUUCUCGCGCAUUGCUCUCGUAGAGUGGUAUUUUUUCACGUAAAACUUUUCCAAUAAUUAUCAAAGAACUUUCUCUGUCUUGGAUAUCAACUCUUAACAUAUUCAUAGUUUCUUUGCCAAGAUGUCGGACGGUAAUAGCCCUAGUAUGAUAAGUUAUUUGAGGCAGUAUAGGUUUCAAAGAAAGCCGAAUGAGACGGGGUCUAGCGAUUCCGUAAGAGUUGUGGCAUCGUCUUCGAAUUCCCAGCAACACAUCAGAAUGCCAGCUCCCAACGUUGUGAGGAACCCUCCUGUGGUCUACAAGCGUAUCAGGAUCCAGGAUUCCGAUUCCGACGAUGCACCAACUCCAGUGAAGAAGCCAGCCGUCAUGGAACUUACUACUGCCGUCAAAGAGAGGCGGUUUAGAAACAUGCUGGAAAUGUUUCCUGAUCUCCCACCAGUACUUGUAAAGAAUACACUCGUAAAACAUGGUUGGAACGAGGAACGUUCCAGGGAUGAUCUACUCAAAGUCGAUCCUGAAAGCGAUGACAAGAGUACCUCGUCCUUCUUCGCUGCAAGCAGACCGAGUGUUUCAAACAAUCCUCGCCCUGCUAACGGAAAUAUGGGAAUUAUUCGAGUCACAAGUGGGGGUCCUUCGACUCAAAGUGGGAAUGGGGGUAUGGUGGCUCGGAAACCUUAUGUUGCUAAGAGUGUAAGGGUGAGAAGGGGCAGCAGUGGCAGUGAGGAUGAGGAUUAUGGUGUCAGAAAAGGAAAGGACGACAGGGUCUAUGACAGUGACGACUCUGACAACGAAAUAACCGAUGAUCUAGUGGGCGACAAGAAGAAAGUGUUUGACUUCCUCAACACUAGCAAUAUGAAUGAGUUAUCACUGCUCAGUGGUUGCUCACAGAAGAAGGCUGAAGCCAUCAUAUCACAGAGACCAUUCAAGGGUUGGUUGGAUAUGGUAGAAAAAUUCAACAACAACAAAAUGCUAAGCACAGAGCUGCUAAACUCUACGCAAGAACUGCUAACCACAAGGAACAAUAUCCAGCGGUUGAUGAAGAAGUGCGUAGGGCUCGCGCAACAGUUGGAAUCGGCCGUGGCGGCAGGCGCCGGCCGCCUGAAGCAGCCCGGCAUACUGGCCCCCAGUCUAAAACUAGCCCCUUACCAGCUGGUCGGUCUGAACUGGCUGGCCGUCUUACACAAGCAAGGAGUCUCCGGAAUCCUGGCUGACGAGAUGGGGCUGGGGAAGACAGUGCAAGUGAUAGCCUUCCUCGCACACUUGAAGGAGACCGGGCAGGCUAGGGGCACGCAUUUGGUUGUGGUACCCGCUUCUACAUUAGACAACUGGAGCGGUGAAUUAUCCCGUUGGUGUCCCUCGCUGAGAGUCAGCAAGUACUACGGGCCGCCGGAGGAGCGGAGGCAGCUUAGGAUCGAAUACGCGAGGGGAUUGGACAACUAUGACGUCGUUUUGACCACGUACACGAUGGUAAGCAGUUGUCCCGAGGAGCGCAAAAUGUUCCGCAUAACACCCAUGCACUACGUGGUGUAUGACGAAGCUCACAUGCUCAAGAAUAUGUCCACGCUGCGGUACGAUAACCUGCUCAAGAUCAAAUCAAAACACCGCCUCCUGCUGACGGGAACGCCGCUUCAGAACAACUUGCUAGAACUGAUGUCGCUCCUCUGCUUUGUGAUGCCACACAUGUUUUCCGGAAAGACCCAGGACCUUAAAAACUUGUUCCAGAAGAAUUCGAAAGCGAAAACCACAAAGAAAGCAGAAGGCAAUAAAGAGGAUGACGUGCCAGCAUUCGAACAGAGCCAAAUAACGCAAGCGAAACGGAUCAUGAAGCCGUUUGUACUUAGGAGGUUAAAGAGGGACGUCUUACAAGACCUGCCUCAGAAGACAAAUCACACGGAACUGUGCCCUAUGUCGAGGAAGCAAGAGGCGUUGUACAAAGAUCUGAUCGCUGGUUUCUCGGCUAAUGAUGGGACGAUCCACGCCACCACAGAACACAGCGGUAUGUCCAUGAUGAUGGACAUGCGGAAGUUAGCCAACCACCCUCUGCUCCUGCGCUACCACUACAAGCCAGAACAACUGCGGCUUAUAGCGGCAAGACUAGCACGAGACUCCGGCUACAAAGAGACUAAUGAGCAGUACGCGUAUGAAGACCUGCUGUGCCUGUCCGACUUCCAGAUACAUCAGCUCACGCGACAGCAUGCGUGUAUACGUACCUUCGGCGUCCCCGAACACCUAAUUCUAGACUCUGGCAAGUUCGAGAAACUUGAUGAAAUGCUGCCUCGCCUGAAAGCCAACGGUCACCGGGUGCUGGUGUUUAGCCAGUUUGUCAUGAUGCUGGACAUCUUGGAGCCCUACCUCGCGGCGCGUGGACACCGGUACCUAAGGCUGGACGGACAGACGGCAGUUACGGAACGACAAGACUUAAUAGACCAGUACAACUCGGAAGACAUCUUCGUGUUCCUUCUAUCAACGCGAGCGGGCGGGCUCGGCAUCAACCUAACAGCGGCCGACACCGUCAUCAUCCACGACAUCGACUUCAACCCGUACAACGACAAGCAGGCCGAGGACAGGUGCCACAGGAUGGGGCAGACGCGGCCGGUGACGAUCUACCGACUGCUGAGCGCUGGCACCAUCGAGGAGGGCAUCUACCAGGUCGCCCAGGAAAAGCUCAACCUGGAGAAACACGUCACUGGUGCUGACGAAAACGACGCUGCUGAACAAAAGAACGUCGUCCGCCUACUAUCAGCCGCACUCGGUCUGACCACGCCCAACAAAUGAUUGCCGGCCAAAGAGCCCGCUGCCACUAAGAAGUAGUGCGCGACGAGAUCGACUAGUGCGCGACGGGUGUGACUAGUGAGCGACGAGAUCGACUAGUGAGCGCCGGGUGUGACUAGUGAGUGACAAAACAAACUAGUGAUGUUAAAAUGGUGAUAUUGUGCGCGGCUAGUACAAAAUGGGUUUGUUGAUUUGUAAAGUUACAAUUAAAUGUGUUUGAUGGCUUGAAACUUGUGACAGUUUUUGCGAUUUUUUUAUUUAAAUGACAUAAGCUAUUAUACCAGUUUGUUGUAAAGUUAGUAAUAAUUAUUUAUAUUUACAAUGAAAUUAAUCAAAUAGCUUAAUAAAAUUUUAAUAAAUUGAUAUCUACGGUCUGUAUAUUUAAACGACAUACAAAAUCUAUGUUCGAGAUUAAAUCGUUUUGAGUGAUAACAAUACGGACCUAGCACAUAAUAUUGUCACUUGCAAAUUGACAAACCUCACGAAAAACAUACUCCAAUAGUGAUAAAAGAUCAAACUUUUGUGGUAACCUCUAGACGAAUUAGUAUUUAUAAUAACUGUAUAUUGUAAAUGCAGUACAGUGACUGAUUCCUAAGCCUAAAUCUUGUGGGGCUGCUAUGUUGGUGAUAAGAAAUACGCAGCAAAAUAUGUAACUAGAUACAUCUUUGUUUUUAAAUUUCCAGUAGUGCGAUUCUAUGAUUUGGAUACUUUAAAUUUUGAAUUUGAAUUGAUGUCAAAUUAGGUGUUUAAAAUUGCAUGUUAUAAGCCUAGUAUCAAUAAGUUUUAAAUGAUGACACCAACUGACAUAACACACAAUAUGUCUGCCAAUGUCAAUGUAUCAAAUGACGUUACAAAAGGGCUGCCGUCGUUAAAUGAGAUAUAGUUCCAAAAUACUGAACUGUCCUAUGCAUGACAUUGACAGUGGGGCGCCACCGUCAAUACCGGAUCGCUGGUUCCGAUUUUUGCUAUGUUGGAAAGCAUAUAGUUGAACGAUGGUAGCGCCCCCCUGUCAUUGAGUUUGGUGGGUCAUCUAUAAGUCUAUGACCAUUAUUUGUCACUUAGACACUUACUGAAUACUAGCUCUUUUAUGAAUUGCUGUAAAAUAUUUAGUAGUAAGAGGACUGAAAAUAAAAUUCAAUAUGAUUCUUCUCUCUUAUGUAUAAAACUGCUUUUUGCAUAUUGAAUUGCAGAUUUUCAAACCUCAUGAUAUUACUUGCCGACAGUAAAUAUAAUGAAGAUAUUUUUAUAACUUGACUGCUGAAUUGAUAUAAAAUUGUCAAUGUAAAAUAUAAAUGUAUAUUUAAAAGCUACGUUAGAUGUUAGUGUAUAUCGAUGAUGAUUGUGUUAAAACAGUAUACUUACUUAGUGAUAAUAAAUUGAACUGGUACGUAUAAAUUCUGAAAGAUUAAUAAAUCCAUACAGAGCGUUGUGUGUACAUUAUGAAAACUCUUUUUUCGUCUUUUUGUUUCGUCCGAUAGAAAGACCAAAAAAAAAUAAGGAGCUUAUCAUAAAAAUAGAUGUAGCUAAUUUGGUUGAAAACGAAAAAAAAAACAUGUAAUAUAAGCUGUGUAUCCAUCUGUAUAAACUUUCGCCUCUCGUCAGGAUAAGCAAAUGACCUGACUGUAUUAUAUACCUGCCCUUAUACUGCGAGAUGUAUACCCUUGAUAUUAUUAUAACUUAUAAGUGUGUAAAUAGAUGUAUCCCUAUUUUCUAAUAAUUCCAGUUUUCUCAAAUAUGCUGGCACAAAUUCAUCCAGGUUGAUAAAUUAAUAAAAAGUUUCUGAACCAUUUCUUGAGUAUGGAAUAAUAGUGCGCAAUGACACAUAGUGUCGCCAACCUGCAUUUAUUGAAGUCAGCUUGUACACUUAAUUAGAUUAAUCAGUUUCGAGGACAACUACCUAGACGAUUAUUGCUGUCUUCCUCAAAUCCUUACAUUUGAGCGAGACAAAACUACUGUAGGUUAGUUAGAAUAAGAAAUUACUGUGGAUACGAAUAUAAUAAUUUACGGAAGCCUUCGCCACGAGAGUGAUUUCUGAUGAAUCUUGUAACAUAUUUUAUGAAUGUUAAACUAAUUUACAGGAAAAAUAAACGAUUUAAUAAAUUCCAAUUUCUCUCUUUCAAAUAUGGUUAGCAAUAGUGAGACUUAAUAUUUAGUACUUAUACAUAAUUUUUUAAACUUUUACACAUAUAAACGUCGUAUUUAAAGAAAACAGUUUUAUAGGCCUCGAAAUACUGCAAUAAAAAGAACUAAGAACCAGACUCCAGUACCUGACAAGAUAUGGCCUGAAAAUUACACAAAAUAUUUAAUAAAUAAAAUGAUCUUAUAAUAAUUCAUUUCAUACUAGCAUUUGAAUUAGAAGCUAUUUAAUUUUCUUGCGAAGAGAAUAAUAAAUUGGCACAAAUGGGUCUAAAACAAUUUAAUAUACUUAGACAGACUAUUUGCUACAUAUGGCAAAAAUAUAAAUUAUUUGG